GCUAGUAAAGUGCUUUGACAAUCAGCAGUCAGUUGCUGAGCGUGAACACGCGCGUGCGAUGAUCAUUUGGCGUGCGAAAAAAACGAAAAAUUUUCUAAAUAUAAAUAGUACGACAAACGAAAUUACAAGCAGACUUUGUUUGUUGUCAGCGGCGCGCGCCGGUGUAAAGAGUUUACAACGGUUUAAAUAAUUUAUUAAGGAAGUGCCACUGUGUGGAAAAUGGGAUGAAAAGUGGCGGUUAGAAUUUGAAAGAAAAUACAAUUCAAUGAAUGGAGAGUGAAUCGAAUUGGACAAUAAAGUUUAAAUCCGAAAUAUUUGAAGUGUUAAGGAUUAAUAUACAAAAAUACAUGUGCAAAAGCAAAGAAAUGAGAUCGGAACUAUGAAAACUGAUAAAUUAAAAUUUGAAUAAAAUUUUUAGUUCACGGAAAAAUUAUAAAAAAAUAUUUUGUGUGAAAACAUUAGAUGAAGAAAAAAAAAAUAGAUAAAAAAAUAUUAAAAAAAAAAGUGACUUAAAUUCACCGCCAAAGAAAAACUAAACAUUCCAGAGAAACUCUUAUAAGCCAAUAAUAUAUUAAAUAAGCGCUCAUAAUUUGCAAAUAAAAAUAUAGUCGAUCGAGUGUCAAAGUACAGCAAAAGUGAACAAUUGAAUGAGCAAAUUAACAACAAAUAAUAAGCACUUAAAGCAAAAUAAAAGUGUAAUAAGCAGAACAGUGCUUUGCAUAUAUGUAUGUGUAUACAGACGUGCUUAUUUUUCUAUUCUAAACAAAACUGAAUAAGAAAGAGAACUAAAGCCGCUAAUCGCCGGCUACGAUCUGUCAAGCCAAUACAAAGUAGCGGAGAAAAUUGUCAAUUCAUUCCGCGCCAAUAAACAGAAAAAGCUGAUAGCAAAGCCGGACCACGCAAACCGACAGAGAUUUGCAAAGCCGGAAGAAACAAUAAAAACACAAAAAAAAUAUAAACAUAAAUAAAAAACAAAAUUUGCAUCGAUCGCUAUUAAAAUCACCAGCGCUCAGCUGUCCUUAAAAAAAAAUCGAGCAGCAGAGCAUAAACACUAAACAGUUACCGAAUUCAAAUUAAAUUUUAGAAUUAAAAAUCACACAACAUGCGCGCCUUCCAACGCGGCUUCUUCUGCUCGGAUCUGUCGCUGCGCUAUCCGUACCGCGAGUGCACGAUCACCAUACCGAUGCUGUUGAUCUACACGCUACUGCUGCCGAUGCUCUUCAUCAGCGUUGUGGAGAUUAUGCGCAUUUGCAAGUGCUUUCGACUGCGCAAAUAUAUCACGAAUUUGGCGCGCAGUUUGGCCAUCUUCAGUUUCGGUUUCAUCGCCACCUACCUGACGGCGGAGCUGGCGAAGAAUGUGGUGGGCCGCUUGCGUCCACAUUUCUACACGGCGUGCCAACCGCGCUUGUCCGAUGGCAGCUCCUGUGAGAGCGCGUAUGAACAGCUGGUCGGUGGUGGCGUUUAUGUGGAGCACUACUACUGCUCGAAUCGCAAUUUAAGCGCGCGACAGCUGCGCGAACUGCACGUGUCCUUUCCGAGCGCGCACUCAUCGCUCUCAUUCUACGCUAUGCUGGUGCUGUGCUUCUACUUGCACGCGGUCUGGCGCGGACGCGGUACUACGCGCGUCUUGCGUCACAUACUACAGUUCCUGUUGCUGCUGCUCGCCUGCUAUAUAGCGUUGAGUCGCGUGCGUGACUACUGGCAUCACUGGUCGGAUGUGUUGGCCGGCGCGCUGCUCGGUAUCGUAUACGCCAUAUUGACGGCGGUGUAUGUAGGACGCAUGUUGCGUCCAGGCUUCGCCGAUGCCGCCUCCCCGCAUAAGCAUAAGAAGCAUCAAUAUAAGUUGGGCGGCAAGCAACAGGUGAAUCCGCUGGCGCACACGCACCAUCAUCACAAUCCGCAUCCGCUGUCUGCGUCGCAACAUCGGCUAGCGCAACAUGAUGCGCGCGGCGGACGCAUGUUGCUGGUGGCCGCAAGCGGUAGUGUCAGCAAUUUGCAACAACAGCAGUUGUUGCCACCGGCGCACGAGGAUCUGGAGAAGCAACAGUUGCACGAGCAAGUCGUUAAAGAGCAUUUAAUUGAGCGCGGCAGUAUUGGUGGUGUCGAUGGCGGCACCGGCGGUGAUUGUGAGUGGAAGCUACAGGCGGUUGUAUUGCCAACGUAAUUUGCGGCGCCAUACGCCAUGGGAGCAAGAGCGCAAGCACGCGCUGGAAUGAGGAAGGAGUGCUACGUUAAAGUUGACGGCGGAACAAAUCUGUAAACACAUCACACUUGUCGGUGUUAAGAAAAGAGUGAAACGCUGCCGCAUAGUGCGCGUGCAGUUUGUUGAAGAGGGGUGGGGGAGCAGAAAAGAGAAGCGAAGAAAACUGAUGAACUGAGAACUCAAUGUGCUAGAAAAACAUUUUGUAUAAAGUGAGGUGAACACUUUGGAUAAUUUCUUCGAUGUUCGUUUAAAAGAUUGGAGGGUUAUGAAGGGGUUUUGGUACCCCUUAAGCAAAUCGGCCUACUUUUUAAUAUUUUUAUGGCGACAAGAGGCUUCAAGAUACCCAUAAUUGUGAAGAUAGUGGACACUCUUAUGUAAUAUAUUACGCGCGGCGCCUUACUACCCCACAGACCCCCCUCAAACACGCCACCACUGCGCACUGCAACACAAAAAGCGCGCUCAUCAUAUGUAAUACAAGCACAACAACAACAUUAAACAGCAAUAAUAUAGCCUGGCAGUACCUGUACGUAAUUAUUGGCCAUGCAACUAACUUACCGAACAACAACAACAAUAACGAAAAAAGCGUAUAAUUUCCACCAAAAGGCAAAAAUGCACUAUUGUGCAACAAAAAGUGGCAAAAUCGCACAACAAACAACAAAAAUGGUAAUGCAACAAUUGACUAAGUGAGACAAGCGUAAAUUCGACUGUGCUGACUAUGGCAACAUUGGCAAGCGUGACAGCAGCGCCGAAGUGUUGGCAGUGGCCGCAUACCUUUCGGUGGCAUGCCGCAACCACGCUUUAGAUGCCAAUGAGUCACCAAACGAUGGCUUCAAAAAGCGAAUAAUAGAUGUAACUGAUCAUGCAAGUGCCUCAGUAUGUGUGUGUGGCGGCAUACUCCGUUAUAUAUAUAUAUAUGUAUGAGGAGCGCGCUGCUGGAGUUUGUUCGCCUUUGGCUGUGGUGCGGCAACAACAACAUAUAUAUAUGAAAAUAAGUAGCGGCAACUGCAGUAGCUAAACAAUAACAACAAAUGAGCAACAAUAAGGAACAAAAGUCUAGCGCAGCGCGCGCUUAUAAGUGCGAAUAACAACAACGAUAUCAGUUAAGACUGACAAUCAAGCGGCGUCAGCGUUCAACGGAGGCGCAAAUGAAAAUUAAAAAAACGAAGAGAAAAUUGUAGUUUUGUAAUAGUUAAUCUGUGUCUGUAGGCAUGUGUGUUUGUAGGAAACACUUGCAGUAAUGAGGCAGCUGCCAAAGCGCAGCUUUUUUACUAUAUACACUACCAUAUAUGUGCCUAUAUAUGUAUGUCUGCAUA